AUGGCAUGGGCUCAAUUCCUUAAUACCGUACUCUUCAUCAUAUUGUUGUGCACAUUACAAACGUAUUGUGUUGGUGCGUUCCGAUUUCUUGAAGUGAGUUGGAAGUUUUGAAAUUUGACAAAAUUUGUUUUAAAAGUCUUGAAGAUGAGCUUGUGUAAGGCCAAAAUACGAUAAGUAUAAAAGUAAUCUAAAGUAAAGCUAGGUAGGGUACAGCAAAGCUAUAGCAAGGGUAAAGUAGGGUUAGAUAGAAUAUGGUACGGUUGAACCGUAGGAUAAGUUUAAAUAUAAAGUUGACAAGCCCAAGAGUAUGAUAAAUAGUAAACCAAAGGCAUUUCAAGGGUAUAGCAAGGGAAUGUAAAAGGGUAUAUCUAGUAGGGUACGGCAAACGGUAAAACAAGAUUAUGAAAAGGGAUAUGGUUAAGUGUAAAGCAAGUCAAAGUUUAUUAGAGUAUAGUAGAGUAAGGUAUGUUAUAGUAUACUAAGACAAGGUAGAGUAUAGCAAGGGGUAUAGCAAGAGUAUGACAAAGUGAAAGGCGAGCUAAGGUAUGGUAGGGUAGGGUAUGGUAUGGUAAGAAAGGGUAUGUUAAUGUAAACUAGAGUGUGAAGAAAAGUAUGGCAAUAGUACAGCAAGGAAAUAGAACGGUAUGGCAGACGGUAAAACAAAAGUACGGCAAGUAUGUCAAUAGUAAGACACGGGUAUUAUAAGAUUUAUCUUUGCUUAUCUUUGCAUAGAAAAGAUAAGGCAAAGACGAGGUUGUAAGGUAGGGUAUGGCAACGGUAUGGUGAAGAGUAAGACAAGUGUGUGGCAAAGGUAUGGCUAAAGAUAAGGCAAAGUAUUACAAAGGAUAAAGGUACACCAACAACAUGGCUAGGGUAACAGAACAAGGUAGAAUGUAAGAUAGGACUAGGUAAAACAAAGUAGGAUGUGUGAUGUAGGGUAGAGUAGGAUAUCCCUAAAUUUUUUAAUUUUUUUAAAUGUGAAGGAAAAAAAACCUAAAAAAAUUUUUUUUUUGAAACAGGGAUAAUAAUAACGUGUAGGUUUGUUACUUUAUUGUUCCGUGUACACAACACAAGGGUUUCAAAAAGUUAAUUAGAAAAGAUACGCAACAUUGUGUGUUCAAGAAGUUGAUAAAUUAAUAAUGACCUUGGUGAUGAUAUAGUUGUUCUUAUAAUACUUUUUUUUGGUUUUUGAAUAUAAUAUUGGACUAAAAAUGAAAACAUCACUGAGAAGCAUAUUAGGUGUUAACUAAAGUUUUGUCGUAAAGUAGAGAACAAAAAAUUUUAAAGUUAUAUAGGGUAGGGUAGGGUAAAGUAGAGUACUGUAGAGUACGGUAGGUUAGAGUUUAAGCUUUUUUAAAUUCAAAUUGACUUUAAAACUUCAAAAACUAAUUAAAAAUUUUAGUUAGCCCCACUAGAAUCAUCGUCAGAAGAAGGAGGUGUCGUGAAAAGACAGAAUGAUUGGAAACACAUGUUUGGCCAAGAUUUUAAGGCCGAAUCCGAGUCGGGCAACUUUGGUUUUAAAGGCUUACGAGGUAAACGCGGCCGAAUCGGGCGAACACUAGGACGACCAUGCAAUAUCUACAAAUUGAUUAGUUGUUUUUAA